AAAACGGCCAUGCAGAUGCCGGCACGUUGCUCAUGUGCUAUGCCAGACGCAGGGUCGUGGAUCCAGCUCACUACAAGAAGUCGCUCAGGCCCUUGUAAACUAAAUUUGUUCCUGCGUGCAUUCAUUCUCAAUCAACAUUUCACUCGUUUGCAAAAUGCGUUGCCUCUAUUCCUUGGCAUGUUGGUUCUUCCUCAUGUUGGUCUCCAACGGGGCUGCUGAGGAACCCCAGCAAGAUUCUACAGGCGUCUUGGACUUUGGUCUAGUCUUUCCACGCAAUGAGUCGACCUUCGUUCCCUCUUUGAUGACGCCUUUUGUUUUCUCAUUCCGAAACCCCGAACUUUUUCCUACUCUUCAACCUUAUGCUAUCUAUGAGAUCUACAAUUACAGUAAUACUAGCCAAUUUAUGUUUGACGGCAGACUCGACACAAUCAAUCUCAAUCUCUCGGCCAACCAUGAUCCUCACCUCGAAGUCCGUUACCAUCGGUACUUGGAUCUCGAAGGCAAAUGGCUUAUGAUGCUCACUACUGGCAUUCUCAAUUGUGUCGAGGAUCGCUAUCACUACUACAACGAUUCACACUAUAUUGACGCCAACUAUACCAAGACCAACAUUACCUUCACUACAAAGGGCCCUUCAGGACAGGUCGACCUCGCUGCUGAGACAAGCGACAAGAAUUGUUCAUCCCCAGUCGGACUCGCCAUCGAUGUCCAAAACACGAUCAAGGUCCCGGAGGGUGAUGACCGUGCCGACGAGAUGGUAGCAGGGGUCUGCGCAGUCGAGCCUCUGGUAACUCGGACAGACAAGUGUGUCGCCGUGACGCCUGCGGCUGCAUCAAGCAUCGUCGCCGAAAUGACUUGGCGGGUGUGCGGCAGCAUCGCCAACAGGUCGGAGAUCCCGGAAAGUUGGGGUUGCAAACCACUGGAUUGGAAAGAUGAUAGUAUAGGAGUGCGAAUUGCUUCUGGAGGGACCACCUUGGUAGCAUUCUUACUGGGAGCUCUAGCCUAUAUCUUGUAAUACGACUCUAGCUCAUACCUCGCAUACUAGUUAGAAUAAUCCGAUAAAGUCUGUCUGCUCUCUAAUAAACUACAAAGUAGAACACGGUUAUUCAACCAACGAUGGCUC